GUUGGCUAAUGGGAAAAUGAGAUAUCAAGAAGGGGUGGUAGAAGAGUUCAAUAUUAAUGAUAUUGAUUUUGUUAACUACAACAGAAUUUGCAACUUUGUGGGAAAGUUAGGAUAUGGGGGAAACCAUCAAAUUCAUUGGUUGCCAAAGGGAAAUAGAGUGCAAGAUGGUAUCGUGCAUCAGAUGUUGCUGUCAAAUUAUGAUCCUGGAGAUUUCAUACAUUUAUAAGUAGAGCACUUAAUUGACAUACCCGAAAUUGUGACUGACAUUCAGCUAUUGCCUACAAAUAAUGAUCCAAAUAUACAACCAACAGUCAAUGAAGGUGGAAACCAGUCAUUUAGGAAUACUUUAGUAAAUAUUGGUAUUGAGAUUGGCUCUGGUGAUCAAUACGAGGAGGUUGAAGUGGAUCCUGAUUAUCAGUAAGACAUAGAUAAUGAAGAACUUAGAGCUGCUAGAGAAAAGGUAAAAGAAUUUUAUGCAAAUCAACAUAAUACAGCAGCUGACGAUGAAGAGAGUAGUGAUGGAGAUGAAGUUGAAGUUCAUGAAGAAAAUGGUAAUGAUGGAGGGGCAGAAGAGGAUGAUCAGGAACCUGAAGAAGUUUCAGCCGAUGAACUCUGGAAUGGUGAUACAGAAGCAGUUGGUAAUGAAGGGGAAGUUCAUGAGGAUGAUGACAACGUGAGCAUAGAAGAACUAUCAGGGGAAGAGGGACAAUACAAUGUGAUUAGAAAAAAGAAAAAGAGAGUUGUAUAUGAUCCUAAGUGCAAUGUGCCUUCAUUUGUUGUGGGUAUGGUGUUUCUUAAUGCUCAGGAAUUUAAAUAUGCUUGCACAAAGUAUGCAAUUCAUAGGGGAGUUGAAAUUCACUUUGGAAGGAAUGAAGCUCACAGGGUUAGAGCAACAUGUACAUUUCGGGGCUGCCCCUGGAUGCUAUUUGCAUCAAGAGACUCUACCAACAAGGACUUUCUCAUCAAAACUUACAACCAUCAACAUAGGUGUUUUAGAGUUUUUAGGAACAAAAGGGUUAAAACACCAUUUCUUGUUGAAUAUUUUAGACCGAUAUUGAGACAAUAUCCAAAAGCAACUGUGAAACAAAUGAUUGAGCAAGCUAAGAACAACUUGAAAGCAAAUGUUGCAUGUGGUAUGGCUAGGACGGUGAAGAAAAAAUUAAAAGUCGAGGUUGAGGGAGAUUACAUAUUAGAGUAUGGAGGGUUAGAGGAUUACGCUGAAGAAUUAAGAUUGAGCAAUCCUGAAAGUAACAUUAUAGUUUGUUCUAAUGCAGGAACCAAAAGGUUUGAAGGCUUUUAUGGUUAUUUUGAUGCAUUAAAAAGGGGGUGGAAGGCUGGUUAGACCAGUCGUUGGGGAAGACGGGUGUUUUCUUAAAACCUUUUGUAAAGGAGAGUUACUCACUGCAAUAGGAAGGGAUGCUAAUUAACAAGAAGUCCCCAUUGCAUGGGCAGUAGUUAGAAUAAAGAAUGGAAAAACUUGGACUUGGUUCCUACUUCUAUUAACAGAGGACUUGGGAUUAGAUUCAUAUAAAGAUAUUGUAAUAAUUUCAGAUAUGCAGAAGAUAAGUUCACUUUUUGUUUUUUUAAUUAAUUUCCUUCUGGCUUUAAAUGGUUUAUUGAUUUACUUAUGUUUUAUGAACUGUUAUAUCCAGGGGUUAAUUGAUGCUGUCAAGAGGAAAAAUUCCACAUGCAGAGCAUAGGUGGUGUGCAAUGCAUAUUUAUAGUAGAUGGCAAAAGAAGUGGAAGGGGUCAGAGUUAAGAAAACAAUUUUGGAUUUAUGCUAAAAGUACCUAUUGGUAGGAAUUUGAGGACAAGUUGAAGGAAAUGGAUGGCUUAGCAUCAGGUUCAGUGAAGGAUUUGUUAAAUUGGCCCCCUCCUAAGUGGUGUAGAGCAUACUUUUCAACAGCAAGCAAAUGUGACAUGGUGGAUAAUAACAUAUGUGAGAGUUUCAAUGGCAAUAUAUUCUCAGCUAGGACAAAGCAUAUUAUUACAAUGCUUAAGAGAUUAGAAUCAUGCUAAUGAACAGGAUUGUUGAGAGGAGGAAAGAUGCAACUAAAUGGGUUACCAACAUUGCUCCUGUUUCAAUUGAAAAACUUGAAAGGAAUAUGCUUCGGGCUUGCAACUGUCAUGUAGAAUACAAUGGGGAUGAUGGCUAUGAAAUCUCUGAGGAAAAAGACAGACAUACAGUAGAUAUAGUAAAGAGAUCUUGUAGCUGCAGGUCUUGGGACAUCUCAGGAAUCCCAUGUCCUCAUUGCAUAUGUGUUGUAUAUCAUAAGAAGGGCAACAUUUUGGAUUAUAUUGAUGGAUGGUAUAGCAAGAAGAAAUUUCUCUUAGCAUACAAUUACACUUUGCAACUUUUUAGUGGAAGGUUAUUAUGGCCUAGAAUAGGAAGAGGUCCAAUUUUGCCUCCUGAAUCAAAGAAAAUGCCAGGAAGACCAAAGAGAAAUAGAGUACAGGAUCUUGAAGAGCCUAAAAAGUGUGUUAAAAGAUCAAGAAGAUGUGUGCAAAUGACAUGUUCAUUAUGCAAGUGCAAGGGACACAACAAAAGUGGUUGCAAAAAUAAGGGCAUGAACAAUGAGGAGAGGUCAAGGAAGUCAGUUCCUAUGACAGCACCAUCAAGACCUGUUGGAGGCAUUAGAAUUGAAGAACCAGUAGCUGAAAAUGAUGUGAGAUCAAGUCAAGCUUCAAGUGAUAAUGCAAACCAUGGGAAAGGAAAGGGCAAAGCAAGACCACUUUUUACAUCAAAACGAAAAGUAAGAAAAAUACUAUAUUUGGAAUGGGGCUCUACUAUGAUGAAGUUUCAGGCAGUGUUAAAUGGAAUGUAAGUAUUUUUUUUUUUUUUAUGUUCAUCAUUUAUAUCCAAUAAUAUAAAUUUAUUCAAGUGGGUGUGUUGAAACUUGAUAUAGUGUACGAUUGGAUGGUACUGGUUCAAUAACACUGUUAUUUUAGCUUUUUA